AUGUCUGGAUCUGAACAAUAUUCAGACGCCACUAUCAUUAAAGGCGCAACAAAUUCGACAAUAAGGGCUGAUACAAAUGAUUCUAAUGUAAGAAUAAGGGCUGCACCAACAAAUAAUGCUGAGAUGAAAAAAUCAGUAAGAGAUAAUAUAGAUGAAAAAUUAGCGAGCGAUAAUAGAGAUGUAAAAUCAGCAAGUGAUAAUAGAGAUGAAUGA